AUGCUUCAGGCUGAUUCCGAGAAACUCAGACAAGCCUGGAUCCAAGCAGUGCAGGCUAGUAUUGCCUCAGCCUACCGGGAAACGCCAGAUAACUACUACAGGCUUGACAGGACGGCAUCCCCAUCCACAAGCAGCAUUGACUCUGCCAGUGACUCAAGGGAACGCAGCAUUAAAGGGGAAAGCAUACUUCAGCGAGUGCAGAGUAUCGCCGGGAAUGACCAGUGCUGUGACUGUGGCCAGACAGACCCCCGGUGGGCCAGUAUCAAUUUGGGCAUAACACUUUGCAUUGAGUGCUCAGGAAUACACAGGAGUCUUGGAGUGCAUUGUUCUAAAGUACGCUCACUCACGUUGGAUUCUUGGGAACCAGAGUUACUAAAGCUGAUGUGUGAACUGGGAAACAGCACCAUAAACCAGAUCUAUGAGGCUAAAUGUGAACAACUAGGCCUGAAAAAACCAACUGCGGGAUGUUCUCGACAGGACAAAGAGAUCUGGAUAAAAGCAAAGUAUGUGGAAAAGAAGUUCCUGAAGAGACUGGGCAGUGUAGAGGUAGAAAAUGAGAGAAAGUCUUCCCAGAGGUGGAGCGUAAAGAAGUGUCAGCGGAAUAACAGCUCCAUUAAAGCUCCGUCAGCGAGGAGGAAGUACAGACAUGAAGGAGUAUAUUUCAUGAGUGACAACUUUUCUUUCUUUGUAAAUUCAGAGUGUGAGGUCUCAGAAGAGUCUAGCGGAGAAGGAGAGACUGAACAAGACCCGUCAGACCCUGAAGACCUGAGGGAAUUGCACCCUGGCUUGUUGAUGUACAAGGCAUCGCGGGCCAGGAACCUGCCUGUCAUGGCUGAAGCACUUGCCAACGGGGCUAAUGUCAAUUGGGUGAAUGAUGAGGACGAAAGCAAGACGCCUUUAAUCCAGGCUGUGAUAGGAGGGUCGUUGAUAGCCUGCGAGUUUGUGCUGCAGAAUGGUGCAGAUGUGAACCAAACAGAUGUUAGAGGGCGAGCACCUAUACAUCACGCUACAUAUCUGGGGCAUACUGGCCAGGUGUGUUUGUUCUUAAAACGAGGAGCCAAUCAACAUGCUGUGGAUGAAGAUGGACAAGAUCCACUCAGUAUAUCUGUGCAGGCAGCUAAUGCGGAUAUUGUCACUCUGCUGCGACUUGCUCGGAUGAACGAGGAGAUGAGAGAAGCAGAAGGACCAUUCGGACAACCAGGUCAAUAUCCCAGCAACAGUCCUACUGAGCAGCAGUACAGGAAGUGCAUCCAGGAAUUCAUCUGCCUUAAUAUAGAUGAGUGUUAG